AUGCGGUGGUCGGUGGAGUUGCGCGUGGACCGACCGCGAGACGUGGGGCGACAGAGGAGAGCCCCGGCCUCCAACUCCUCGGGGUCCUCGCAGGGCCUUCAGGGCUCCAGCAUCCCCAGAUGGCCGGGCUUGGGCAUCCUGGGUCCCAGCGCCGCGGGCUCCCGCACCCCUGGGUGGCGGCGCUCCAGCGUCCCGGCCUCCAGCGUCCCGGCCUCCAGCGUCCCAACUUCCAGUAUCCCGGAUCCCAGUGUCCUGGGCUCCAGCGUCCCGGGCUCCAGGGUCCCCGGCGCCAGGAUCCUGGGCUCCAGGCUCCCCGGGCUGUGGAGCUCCAGCAUCUCGGGCCUGCAGCAUGCGGCCACCAGAGCGCUGGGUGUGCCAGGUCUGAGCGCAGCCUCCGUCCGCCUGCGGCCGCUCCUGGCACUGUCCCCAGUGUCCAGUCAAGGCCAGCAGACGCGCCUGGCCCUGACCAGACACACCUCCAGCCUCAUGCUGGACAGCAUCCCCGACGUGUUCAGCCUGAAGGUGCUCCUGGAGGAGAGCGGGGAGCUCUUCCGCAUCCCCAGCUGCCGCAGUGACAUGACGGUCCGGGAGCUCAAGGAGCAGCUGGACCUCGUGGCUGGCAUCCCCUUCAACCUCCAGCGCCUCCAGUACCUGGACCAAGGCAUCCUCAUGGAUGAAUCCACGCUGAAGUACCACGACGUGGACCCCGGCGGGGUCAUCUCGCUGUGCAUCUGGCAGUACGACAACUGGACAGAGCUGGUCCUGGCGGCCGUGGAAGGCGACCCCAGCAAGCUCUCGUGCCUCGGGGUGUCGUCGGAGGACUCCUCGGCGCAGACGGCCCAGAUGCAGCAGCUGGGGCCCGAGGCCUGGAGGCGCUGGGUGGAGCAGCGCGCCUUUGUGGCUCUCUACAUCACGUCCCACCGCGGACACCUCUCGGCCGUGAAGUACCUUCUGGAACACGGAGCCAACUGCUUGGGCAGCACGCCGCUGGGCAGGACGGCCUUGCACGUGGCGGCCGCCAUGGACCGGCCGAAGUGCAUCCUGGCCCUGCUCAAGCACGGCGCCUCCAUCAGCCAGAAGGACAGAUACGGGGAGACGCCCAUGUCCCUCGCCCACAAGCUCACGCAGAGCAGCGUCCAGCGGCGGCUGUUCCUCUCCUACUGGAUGACCAAGUGCAGGGCCCUGGACAGCAAGAGCCCGGACGGCCAGAAGGCCCAGCCCAAGGCCACCCCCAAGAACAGGACUUAG